UGACCCGGUUUCACACAUAAAACAAACACAGACGCUCUUCAUCAUUUCGGCACUGGGGGAGCUCCUCGUCUCCGGUGGAUGUAACCAUGUCGGACUGCAGGCGGCAGUGGAACCGGGAGGAUGAGCUCCCCGUUUACCUGGCUGGACCGAUCACCACCGGGCCGAGCCAGAGGAAAACCUACGGUAUGUUCAGCUCCGUGGAGGGAGCGUUCGAAAGCAAGACCAUAGACUUCGACAACUACGCGGUGGGUCGGAAAGGAAGCCGAACUUCGACGAGCGGGAGCCGAGAGAGGCUUCUGGAUACUGGCGAGCCGAACAGAAAGGCGUCCCACGAAGUCCGAGGGUCCGUGAACGCCUCACCCGCGGAGACAGACGGCGGUCGCGUCAAGGCCGAAUAUUCGUCUGGGACGGACAGUCCCGUCUGGAAGGGUGAAAAACUGUUGAUCAAAGGAGGACGAGUGGUUAAUGAUGACCAGAGUCUUUACGCAGAUGUCUACAUCGAGCAUGGCCUCAUUAAGCAGGUUGGGGAGAACCUGGUUGUUCCAGGUGGUGUUAAGGUGAUUGAAGCUAAAGGCCUCAUGGUGAUACCAGGUGGGAUCGAUGUCAACACACGCCUGAUGACGCCCUACCUGGGCACUCAGCCUGUUGAUGACUUCCACCAGGGCACCAAGGCUGCACUUGCUGGAGGCACCACCAUGAUUAUCGAGCAUGUGGCCCCUCAGCUUGGGGAAGGCCUGCUGGAGGCGUUUGAGCGCUGGCAGGAGGCGGCGGAUAAAAAAGCAUGCUGCGAUUAUUCCCUCCACGUGGACGUCCCUCAUUGGAACGAAAGCGUUAAAGAUGAAUUGGAGAUGCUGGUGCAAGAGAAAGGAGUCAACUCAUUCCAAGUGUACAUGGCUUACAAGGACAUGUACCAGAUGACAGACACUCAGUUGUAUGAGGCCUUCUCCUUCCUGAAGCAGCUGGGUGUGGUGGUCUUGGUUCACGCUGAAAAUGGGGACCUGGUCGCACAGGAACAGGGUAAAAUCCUCAGCAUGGGAAUCACCGGACCUGAGGGCCACCCUCUGAGUCGUCCUGAAGAGGUGGAGGCCGAGGCAGUUUUCCGUGCCAUCACCCUUGGCAACCGUGUAAACUGUCCUGUCUACAUCACCAAGGUGAUGAGCAAGAGUGCAGCCGACACCAUCACCCAAGCCAGGAGAAAAGGUUCGGUGGUUUUUGGGGAGCCAAUUACAGCGAGCCUGGCCACUGAUGGUUCACACUACUGGAGUAAGAACUGGGCCAAGGCAGCUGCUUAUGUGACCUCUCCUCCUUUAAGUCCUGAUCCCACAACUGCAGACCACCUCCACACACGUCUGGCCUGUGGUGACCUACAAGUGGUGGGCAGUGCUCACUGUGCAUACAGUAUUUCCCAGAAGGCAAUCGGCAAAGAUGACUUUACCCUGAUCCCAGAGGGAACCAACGGAGUGGAGGAGAGAAUGGGUUUCGUGUGGGACAAGGCCGUGGCAAUGGGGAAGAUGGAUGAGAAUCAGUUUGUGGCAGUUACAUCUACUAAUGCUGCAAAAAUCUUCAACCUCUACCCACGUAAAGGCCGGAUAGCAGUGGGUUCUGAUGCUGACAUUGUCAUUUGGGAUCCUGAUAGCGUGAAAACCAUCACUGCCAAACUCCAACAAUCGGCGUCAGAAUAUAAUAUCUUUGAGGGCCUGGAGUGCCGUGGGGGUCCAGUGCUGGUGUUAAGUCAGGGUCGGAUAGUGUAUGAGGACGGAAAGCUACAGGUUCAACAUGGCACCGGACGCUUCAUUCCUCGCAAACCUUUCCCAGACUAUGCAUACCAACGUAUCAAGUUCAGGAAACAGGUGACGGGAAAACAUGCUGUUACUCGAGGGAAGUAUGAUGGCCCUGUGUACGAUGUUGCUCUGACCCCCAAAUACAUCACUCCUGCACCAUCUGCCAAAACAUCACCUACCUCUCACCAGCCACCACCAAUACGCAAUCUACACCAGUCUAACUUCAGCCUAUCAGGAGCACAGAUUGACGACAACAUCCCACGUUGGUCUGGCCACCGUAUUGUAGCACCCCCUGGAGGCCGCUCCAAUAUCACCAGCCUUGGUUAAACACUUGAAAGUACACGGUGUGUGGCUGCGUUUUCACCUCAUUAGCAUGUCUGAGCCUUAGAUGAUGCGCGUGAAAGUUAGAACAGAUGAACGCUUUUGUAUUUUUUCAACACGGUGGUGCUGCCUGUCUUUUUAUCACUUUGCCUCGAGUCCAGUGAGAGGAAGCACAUUUAUAGCAUGUACAAUCAAACCAGUCUUUCCACAAUCUUUAACAUAUAUACAGUACCACUGACUCCAC